UACAAAUGAUUGGAAUUAUUAGUUCCGGAAGAUACCGUGCGGCUGCCACUGCGCUUCUUCUUCGGGAGUUUGUGCGUAAAGCGAAAGUAAACGGUGCGGGACAUUUCUCGAGUCUGGCAAUUGUGGCAGGUGGUUACGUGGUUCGGAUCAAGCUUGAACGUAGCGCUGUUGGAUGUGGAAGUUUAGUGAUGGGUUCUAGUGGCAGUGUUCUAUCGAGGAGCUUAGUGUGGAACUCUAAACGAGAAAAAUCUUCCAAUAGCGAGGCGGAUCAUCCGUCAACCGAUCCACUGACAAUGGAGAAGAAAGAUGAACUGGUCGCCAAGCUAACACCCCUGCAGUACCACGUGACGCAGGAGGCCGGUACUGAACGACCCUUCACCGGGAAGUACAACAAGUUCUACGAAAAGGGAACGUACAUCUGUGUCGUUUGCAGCCAGGAACUGUUUAGCUCGGAAACGAAAUACGAUUCUGGGUGCGGGUGGCCAGCAUUCAACGAUGUGCUCGAUCAGGGCAAGGUGACACUGCACAAAGAUCCCAGCAUUCCGGGGGGUAAUAUCCUAUUGUUGAUCACACAACCAGGCCGCGUGCGAACGGAGGUACGAUGCUCGAAAUGCGCUGCACACAUGGGCCACGUGUUUGAGGAUGGUCCACCACCGACCCGCAAACGUUACUGCAUCAAUUCGGCUGCGAUCGAAUUUAUGGCUGCCGGUACAGAACGCAAAGGUGGUUCGAGCUAAGCAACUCGG